CGGAGAAGAAUGAGGCCGUGGCUGAGGAAGUGAAGGAGAUACGGGACAUGGUGAAGGGAUUAACGAGACAGGUUACAGAGAUUGUGACCGCUACAGGGGCCACGACCUACCGGGACAAACCUGGAGGGCCCUAUUCACUUCGCUGGGACCGUAGGAACAACGAUCCCUGGAGGAGUGUCGAGGAUAGAAAUCCUCGGACGCUGACUGAUUAUCGAACGAGAGGAAGAGAGAGAGACGAUGAGCCAUGGCGAUGUAGGGACGAUGAGAUAGACCGAGACCGCAGAGACCGCGAGCCGUUUGUGCGAGCAAGGAGGCUAGAUGAUAACCCCCGAAGCCCUCGCUAUGAGGCCGAUCGGGGUAGAGGCGACUCCCGCGGCCGAUGGGAGAGGGACGGCAGAUACGAGAGAUCGGACCGGGAUGGAUAUAGGGAUGACAAAUAUGAGGGGUCGGGUCGAGAUGGCUACAGAGGAAGUAGAUAUGAGAGAGGAGAUCGGGACUGGGAACGACAAGAAGGGUCACGUGGACGGUUUGAGCACGGGGGAGAAGUGAGAGAGCAGCGCGACGAGUCGCGGGGAUGGCACAACCGAGGGGGCAGACGUGAUGAGUCACGAAGACACUAUGACUCGAGGGACCGCCGGAAUGACUCGCGAGGGCAGUAUAAGCAAGGAGGGUCUGGAGGAGACCGGCGCAACGAUUCGCGCAGUCGGAAUGAGAGAGGGGGAUAUGGUGUCUCAUCAGAACCAUAUCCAAAGUCGCCUGACCCCAACGCGGCCAGGAAAUCGAUGUCUAGGGGCGCGGACGAUAGGGCGUCUACUCCCAGGAACUCAUGCGUCUAUUGUAGAGGAGAAGAUCAUAUUAAGAGGGGUUUCCCGGACCUUAAACGGGCAAUAGAAGAGAGACUUGUCGUGCUUGACGACCGCAAGUACGUCAAGUGGGCUGAUGAUCUCGGAGAUGUAUCGAUGUUCCCUUCGAUGAAGGAGAAUGUCGAAGCAAGAAGAAUAAAAACGAGUAAAGGAAUGAAGCCGGUUAGGGGCCAGAGCAUCAAGAUAACCUUUGAGGGGGACAUGGCGACCACACCCAUAAAGGUGACAGCCACCAAGUCGGCGAGAGGGUCUACAUCGAAGAAAACUGAUACGGAUUACGUGAUGGCGGAGAAGGACGGGCAGCGGKUCGAUGGAGAGGAGGUUAUCCUUUCGCCGCGAAAGCGGGGAGUGAAGAAGUUCUUAAUGAAGAGCUUGCUGGACGAGAUUGACACGGUCGAGCCAUUGAGGCGGGUCCUUCGGCAACCCAUGCAGUGCUCUAUUCUGGAGUACCUGGCGGCAUCGAAGCCGGCUCGUGAUGAGUUACAGAUGAUCACGCGGAAGACUCGCAUACCUCUAUUGGAGGAGGGUCACGCCCCUAAGGCGGAAGCUUCUACAGUAACAGUAACUGGGAAGGACGCUGGAGGGAAGGAAAGACCGUUAAGAUUUUAGAGUAGGACACUUAAUACGGCUGAGCGUAACUACAGUCAAUUCAAGAAGGAAGUGUUAGCUGUUCUCCGGUGUCU